AGCGCACACCGCACAGUUGUUCAGUGUUCACUCACAUGCACAGAUCCAUUUGGAUCCGCCAUCAUAUAAUUCGAGCCGGCGAUAAGAAGCCGACACUCGGCGGCGACUUUCGCCGGAGAUUAGCUCAACAACGCAAAUCAAGAGCAAGCAGCGGAGCAAGUAGAUUUCAGUUUCUAUACAACCGUUUAACAGCAAAAUCAGUUGAAGAAUCUCUGAAAUUUGAAAAAAAAAAAAAAAUGGUGAGCUCCAAGGACGAAUCAGCUACGGACAGCGACAAGUCGUCCGGCGAAGUUCCGGACUCGAAUUCCAGCCUCUACUCUGAAGGAGAGAAGGUCCUAGCUUACCAUGGCCCUCGCAUCUAUGAAGCUAAGGUCCAAAAAGCUGAGCUUAGAGAGAAUGAAUGGAGAUAUUUUGUUCAUUACUUGGGUUGGAACAAGAAUUGGGAUGAAUGGGUAGGCACUCAACGCUUGAUGAAACUUACUGAUGACAAUAUCAUAAAGCAGCAGGCCCUUGACAAGAAAUUGGGAGUGGAGAAGAAUACAAAAUUAGGGCGUUCAGCACAAGCUAAACCCAAAGCCUCAGUUGAUCCGAAAAUUGAAAAAGAUGAUACAAAAAACAGUGAUUUGAAUGCGGAUAAAGAGGAAACGAAAACGAACGUUCCCAAAGGGAAAAAACGCAAGGGUGACUCAACAACAGAGAAAGACAAUGCAUCCGCUGAGAAGCUCAUCAAGAUUCAAAUUCCAUCGACUUUAAAGAAGCAACUUGUUGAUGAUUGGGAGUUCAUCACUCAGCAGAAUAUGCUUGUAAAACUGCCACGAUCUCCUAGUGUUGAUGAUAUACUGACGAAUUACCUUGAACACUGGUCAAAAAAGGAUGGCAUGAUGGCUGAAUCAGUUGGAGAAAUUCUCAAUGGCAUAAGAUCGUAUUUUGACAAAUCAUUGCCAGUUAUACUUUUGUACAAAAAGGAGCGCCAACAAUAUCAUGACUCAGUUUCAGAUAAUGUCUCUCCGUCUAGUGUAUAUGGAGCUGAACAUCUGUUGCGCCUAUUUGUCAAGUUGCCUGAGUUACUGGCUUGUGUGAAAAUUGAAGAGGAGACAUUAACUAGUUUGCAGCAGAAAUUGCUGGAUUUCCUCAAAUUUCUGCAGAAAAAUCAGGGCACGUACUUCCUUUCUUCUUACGAAGCAUCAAAAGCUUCUGAAGGAAGCAGCAAGGCGAAAGAUAGUUGACCAGCGAACCGUUCUUCUGUGCCUAAUGUGACUUAGUUUCAGCAACUUUCACUAGGUAUUUGACUUACCAUGUCUUUACUAAUAUUAAUAGUUGACGUCGAUAACAACCCAAUCCCCAUUUGUAGUUUUGUGUUGUCACUUUGUUCCUAGACUUCGCACGAGAUGACUAGAUGUCUAGAUCAGUGUUUGGAGAGGAAGGUACAAUCCUUCUUUAGUGUAACAAUUAGCUUAGUAAAUGAUGUCCACAUCUUUGUUGUAGCUAAUGAUUCUUAGUGUCCAUGUUGUACCAAAUACUGUACAAUUUAUAUUUAAUUGACAAAUUUCUAUUCUUUUUCA